AUGGCAGCCAGCGCAGAAGCAGAAGCAGAAGCGGUGUCUUACAUGGCGCAACUGAUCGAUAGAUUAUGUCCGAGCUAUCGUGUCGCCAUCGAGUUACGAUACUCGCACCGUUUCGAAUGCCCGACAUCCGUAACCUUCACCUGGCACAUCAGCUCGACGCAAUUGCAAAGCAGCGAUUGUCUCUCGGAUCUGAACGAUGUGGUUCGCUACAAACAUUACAGACUCCUACCAGAGGGCCAAUACAACCACUACUACCUCCACUGGGGCAGCUUGAGGUACCCAGGUGCUGCCCAGAAAAGCUGGUUCUACACCAGAGAAGAGCAGCUCCGCUUGUUGCAAAGUCUUCCAUUAGUCAGAACCCACCCACUGCCGCAGCUCACUCUCUGCUAUGCUGUGAUGAAAAGUGGGCAGAGGAGUCAUGAACUGGGCAAGCAGCCGCUUAUAACCGAUCUCGAAGCCCACCUCCAAUGCUACAAACAAAUCAACUAUGCAGGACAAUGCUUUAUUGCCGAAAGGCACAUUCGAGCGGUCUCGAAGAGCAUGGCAUCAUGCUACUGCAUGUCCAAGCGCGCAUCCCCAACCGUGAGCAGUACAUAA